CAUCACAUGCGUCGCAGUGGGUGUGGGUUUCUAUGGCAACAGUGAGACCAAUGACGGCGUGUACCAGUUGACCUACUCCCUGUACAACGCCAAUCACACACUGGGCGGUGUGGACAGUCUGGUGACUGGCACCAUGGGCAGCAUGAAAAGUGGCCUGCACCAGCACCUCGCAAGGCUGGAUGAGAUCUUUGCCACGCGGGGCGACUAUGUGCAGACCCUGCAGUUCAUGCAGCAGAUGGCUGACAACGUGAUCAAACAGCUGCUUGGUUUGCCUGACUGGGAAGAGGCUAAAGUGGACCUGGCAUCUAUCGCAGAUCAAACGGCAAACAUAGAGUACUACAGGUGGCUCAGCUACCUGCUGCUCCUCAUCGUGGACCUGAUCAUCUGCCUGCUGGCCUGUCUGGGGCUGGCCAAGCAGUCUCGCUGGCUGCUUACCACGAUGAUGGUUUUUGGAGUGCUGACGCUGGUCCUGAGCUGGACUUCCCUGGGAGCUGACCUGGCCACUGCUGUGGGCACAAGUGAUUUCUGUGUGUCCCCUGACAAGUACCUCCUGAGCCAAACAAAGGGUAUCAUCGGUGCUGAUAUUGUUCAUUACUACCUUUACUGCAACCAGACUCUCUCCAACCCCUUCCAGCAGCCUCUAACCAUCUUCCAGAGGUCCCUCACCACAAUGCAGAUCCAGAUCCAGGGUCUGCUGCAGUUUGCUGUGCCUCUGUUCCCUACAGCUGAGAGAGACCUGCUGGGUAUCCAGCAUUUGCUCAACUCCUCAGAGGCCAGUCUGCACCAGCUGACUGCCCUGUUGGACUGCAGGGGGCUCAACAAGGACUACCUGGAUGCAAUGGUCGGGGUGUGCUAUGACGGCGUGGAGGGUGUGCUCUACCUCUGCCUCUUCUCCACCCUUGCAGCCUGUGCCUUCACUGUCAUGCUGUGUGCCAUUCCCAGGGCAUGGAGACAAAUUGCCUGCAGAGAACGCGAUUACGACGACAUCGACGAGGAGGAUCCGUUCAACCCGCGUGCGAGGAGGAUAGGCUCUCAGAAUCCCAACCUCACCAAUAUGCACAGCUUCUGCAGCUACAGCAGCAGCAUGGGCAGCCAGACCAGCCUCCACCCGCCCGCCCCAGCUGUCUCCAACGCCCCCAUGUCUGAGUACAUGAACCAGACAGCUCUAUUCGGGGGAAAUCCACGGUACGAGAACGUGCCUCUGAUAGGACGAGGCUCUCCACCCCCGUCGUACUCUCCCAGUAUGAGGGCCACCUACCUGUCCAUGACCGAGGAACAGAGAAGACAGUUUGGCAACGACUUCCAAGCAUAGACUUCUUUAUCUGUCCGAGAAGGGAAACGGCAUCACUCACACACAUUCACACACAGACACACACACACACACACACACAUGCUCAACAGACAAAGAGUGUGUGGCUGUUCCAAGCAUCACAGAGGACAGUGUGUAACAUCUUGUUAGUCCAGGACUCCAUUCUGGCUGUCUUUGGGGGACGAUGGAUCCAUAUCUGUACUGGUCUCUGUGUGUCGUACGCUCAUAAAUGAUUAAUCACACUUUUCUGUCACUUGUGGGGGAACUUGCUAAAUAUUUCUGACACGUGCUGUCGAACUUAACCUGCUCUUAAUACAUUGUGUUCCUUCGCUACCUGACACGUCAGUCAUCAGGCUGCGUCACAGGCGCGAUGGCAAAGACUCGACUCUUCACGAAGAAGAAACGGAUGAUAGAGGAUUAAUCUCUCACUGCAGUAAAACAUUAAGAAACAUGUUCGCAAAAUAAAUCCAUUUUUUUAAAUAUUCGUCUCUCCUGUUCCAACAAGAUGUUUCCAAAACGUACAUUCUGGUCUCCAAAGAUGAAAAUAAAGCUGAUGUAAACGUGGCAUAUCAUUUUUUAUGUAUUGUGCUUCGUGCUUGAUAUUUGUGAAGCACAAACCCAGCACUGGCAGCACACAGCAGGAAGUAUUGUUGAGGUAUAAUUUAUUUAUAUUCGCACACAGAUAUGCCUGCAAGUGAAGCUCUAUGUUUCUAAAUCUCCUGGAGACGAGACUACCUUGAGACCAUGGCUUCUGUAUAUAAGUUGUACAAUAACAGACUGUUGACUCAUUGUCAUGUGGAUUAUUUUGUUUAAACAAUGUGCCAUUUUUAUAUAUUUUUUUGUAUUUUCUAAAGGGCCAUUAAUUGUAAUGUUUUUCUGCAUAUCUAAUUCGACUAAUACAAAAAAGUUGUAGUCUCUGUCAUUACUUGGGAAGCUGUGCUGCUCUAACCAUGAUUCAUUGAAAAUAUUCAGGUAAUUAUUUUCAUCACUUCAAACCACCCAAACAGUACAGUUUGUUUUGACUAACAAUUAUUUUCUGUAGGGAUUUAAUACAUGCAGUUUUGUCUAUUAAUUAAUUUCUUUAGUGUCAUUUCUUUCAGCAUGUGACAUUGUACAGGCACUGAGAGUGGUGCUUAAUUUUGUGUGUGACCUUAAAACUUCAGGGUCUAAUUGUGAGUUGAAUAAAUAAGUUUUGA